AUGACAAAUUUUGAAACAAUCAAACAAACAUUUAUGUCUAAAAUUAAUGAACCAAAUUCCCAACGUCGUAUGGUUUUAUUUGUUGUUUGUAUAGCUCUAUUAUUAGACAAUAUGUUAUACAUGGUUAUAGUACCAAUUAUUCCGGAUUAUUUACAAAAUCUACGUGCAAUGGAUACAAAACAAAUUUAUUGGAUUAAUGCUACACAUACUAAAAGAUUAAAAGAUGAAAACUUUAUUUUAAUAAAACUAAUGGUGAUUAUAAAAUAA